ACAACAUAUAAACUAAUGAAAAAGCAAACUAAACCUUCAGGUAAAGAGAGAGAGAGAGAGAGAAAGAGAUCUAGAGAGUUGUUUAUGAUCAGCCUCAGCAACCAAAAGAAGCUAUAAUUCUGUCUAGCUCCAUUUCAUCUCCUGCAGUGAUUAGAGGAGAAGAGGUUAAUUAAAUGGGGAGCACCCUCUUCACCAGCUCCUGCUUCUUCUCCCUGAGAGGAGGAUCAGACCCACACCAUCUUCAUCUUCUGAGGGCUUCUGGGAAGAGCUACUUCUGCAGAGCAGCAGCAGCAGCAGCAGCUCAGAAGGGUACUGAAUGUUCCACACAAGAAGCAGCAGUGGAAGAAGGUGGUGGUGGUGGGGAAGGAAGCACAACAAGCACUGGGGUGGUUUCAUUUUCUGGGAGGAGGAGGGAGGCUUUGGCUGCUGGGCUUUUCUUAGCUUCUGGGCUGGUUCUGGGGGUUGUUCCUGGAACUGGGCUUGCUGUCAAGCAAGGGCUCUUGGCUGGGAGGAUCCCUGGCUUAUCUGAGCCUGAUGAAAAAGGUUGGAGGACAUACCGUAGACCGGACGACAAAUCCGGCGGGCACGGAGUCGGGUGGAGUCCGAUAAUCCCUUACACCUUCAAAGUUCCACCAGGGUGGGAUGAGGUUCCUGUAUCGAUUGCCGAUCUCGGUGGCACGGAGAUUGAUUUGAGAUUCGCGAGCUCGAAAGAAGGCCGCUUAUUCGUUAUUGUAGCUCCUGUUCUUAGAUUUGCAGAUCUCGAAGGGGAGGUGACAAUCGAAAUGAUCGGGACGCCGGAGAAGGUGAUCAACGCUUUCGGCCCCGAAGUUAUCGGCGAAAAUGUGGAAGGCAAAGUUCUAACUGCAGAGACAGUGGAACACUCAGGAAGGACUUACUACCAGUUUGAGUUGGAGCCUCCUCAUGUCCUGAUCACCGCGACGGCCGCAGGGAAUCGACUCUACUUGUUCAGCGUAACCGCGAGCGGUUUGCAGUGGAAGAGACAUUAUAAAGAUUUGAAGGAAAUCGCAGACUCCUUCCGAGUCGUUUAGAAGUUUAAAUGGGAGAGUUUCUGAACAUUACUGGAAAAAGAGAUUAUAUUAUAUCCAAGAUUACACAGAUACAAAUAUUAGCAUCUUUCUGAAGCAGUUGAAUGUGAUAUGAUUGAUUCAAUAUUUGAUGUUGAAUGUUAAGCAUUUGAGAGAGAUUUUACUGUAGGAAUUUCUGAAAUUAUACAAACCUUAUUCUUUGUUCUGUUAGUUG